AUGCAGGCAAUCACAUCACGAACCCGGCUGUCAUUGUUCGAGAUUCUGAAUCUUGUCGUCAAAGUGUUCACUAUAGUACCGCUCAAGCUCUGCAUCAAUGCCCCUCGAUCCUUGCUGGUGGCCGUAUGGCGUGGACUGCCACUCAUAAAUUUCCUGAGAUGCGCAGUCAUUCGGGUGCUAAUGGAGAGCCUCACCCCCCGGCAGACCCAGUUCGUAAUGCCCAGUACUGGAGAGGUUUACGAGAAGUGGAUCACCAUGAAGCAAAUCCAUGCACGCACACACCAUGAUGCCGUUCUUGCCAGUUGUCUUGUUUACGAUAUUGAAGCACUUCCAGACGGCGCCUCUUGGCUUAUGUGGAUUGGAGAUCGCACCCGAGCCAAGAAGACUGUCUUGUUCCUGCAUGGCGGAGGAUAUCUGCUGCCGCUGGACCCCGGACAGCUCGAGUGGUGUCUGCAAGCAUACGUCCGCGCUGGACAAGACAUUGGAGUUGAGGUCGCCGUUGCCGUGCUGCACUAUACACUCUGUCCCGAGGGUCAAUAUCCUGUACAACUGUGCCAGGCCGCGGAUGCUCUGGGACAUAUCCUGGAUAGUGGAACUGAGCCUCGAGACAUCAUCAUUGGAGGAGACUCUUGCGGUGGGAACUUGACAGUAGCACUACUUUGCCACAUUUUGCACCCACAUCCUGCCGCAAGACGGAUUGAAUCCGUUACCUUAACAUUACGUGGCUCCCGCCACGUGGCCGAAGAGAGAGAGGGCAAGGGCUGGGCCAUGCCCAUCGAUGUGGAUGAUGCCUGGUUUAUAGGAAUGAGCAAUGUUGUAGGGCAACUGUAUGUGACCGUGGGCAAGAACGAAGUGUUGAGAGACGAGGGCAUUCAGCUGGCAGAAAGCAUGCUGAAGCGGAACCCAGAUAUGGAAAUCAGACUAGAAGUGAGGGAGAAAGAGGCGCAUGAUUUCAUUUUGCUAGAAGGCCAGAUCUGCUACAUGGGAAAUGCAAUGAAGGCCAUGAAAGCUUGGAUGCUGGGUGUUCUUAGCAAGUCUACCAGUAAGACUUGA